AUGGGUUGCGAGACUGGAACCAACGAGGGCCAGGGCUACAGCUUGCCCAGCGCUCCUCAGCUCACCAUCAACCACGAUGUUGCGCAAGACCUAGACUCUAGCGGUGCAUUUGAGGGACCCGAGAAACUCCUCGAGGUGUGGUUCGCCCCCUCUCCCAGUGCCCUCCCGUUGGGCACCAAGGAAAAUGGCCUCAAGUCGGUUCCUUCAGACAACUGGGUUGAGAUGCUUGACAUUGUCAACUGCAAGAUCCUCUCGGUCGUGCAGUCGUCUGUUGUUGAUGCAUACCUCCUGUCCGAGUCGUCCAUGUUUGUCUUCCCGCACAAGAUCAUUCUCAAGACUUGCGGAACCACGACCCUGCUUCUGGGACUCGCCCAGCUCCUGCGCAUCGCCGCCGUCGAUGCCGGUUUCCCGGUCCACAAUGCUUCCUCUGUUGAGGAUGAAAAGGCCGCUGCCACUCCGUACCGCGUCUUUUACAGUCGCAAGAACUUCCUCUUCCCAGACCGCCAGCGCGGCCCCCACCGCAGCUGGAAGCAGGAGGUCAAGUACCUCGACAGCAUGUUCGAGGGUGGUAGCGCGUACAUGGUCGGCAAGAUGAACGGUGAUCAUUGGUACCUCUACAUGACGAGCCCUGGCUCUACUGCCCUCACGCCCCCGCAGACGCCGCCGGCUGGGGAACUCAUGCGCAUUCCCACCGGUCUUCAGACCGCGGCGAGUCGUGAGGACGACGAGACGCUUGAAGUUCUGAUGACGGACUUGGACCCUGAGAAUGCCAAGCAGUUCUACCUGGAGCAGGCCAGCGCCCUGGCUUGCAAGCAGGCGACGCUUGCCCAGCAGGCAAGGGAGGAGGCCCAUGCCGCACUGGACAAGGCCGCUUCCACCGACGAGCAAUUGGUCUCAGAGGCCCUCACCACUGAAGGCCAUGCCCUCGGUACUGUCGUGUCAGACACUUGCGGCUUGUCGGACGUGUACCCCAAGUCAAAGUACCCUGAUGCACGCAUCGACGCCUACAUGUUUGAGCCGUGCGGCUUUUCGGCGAACGGUGUGGUUCCAGCUCCUCCUGACGCGACUGGUGCUCAGGGCGGCAACGAGCACUACUUUACGGUGCAUGUGACACCGGAGCCUAACUGUUCGUAUGCGUCGUUUGAGACUAAUGUGCCCGGUGGUCAAAACGGCCGGGAGACUGCCGACAUCAUUGGACAUGUCGUUGGCAUCUUCAAGCCUGGAAGGUUCAGCGUGACCCUUUUCGAAGGCAAGGGCCGUCGUGGCGAGAACGGUACCAAGGCAGACCAGAGGCUGAGGGUUGACAACGUUCCGGGAUACCGACAGCUGGACAAGAUUGUGCACGAGUUUGACGACUAUGAUCUUGUCUUUCGCUUCUACCAGCGUGAGGGCUGGGUGGGCAAGGAGGGUGCCAGGGUUGGAGAGGAUGAUUUGUGA